UCGGACUGGAUCCUCUACCUUGCUAUCACUAUGGAGCCACUCCUGUGGGCAAGGUGCUAGAACCCAUGCGCCGCUGGGCCGCGCUAAUUUAAGGUCUUCGGGUCUGGUUUCAGCGGCAGUGGCAGAACCGGACAGACGGGUUUUCUGGGACCGCCUUCAAGCAGCGAGCCCUUAAAACGCACCAUUUCCUCCAGCAAAGCAGAAACUACGAAGAGCACUCCAGCACUCACCAGGGGCUCAACAGCCGAUCCCCGCUGCAGCAUCACCGACAGACGCUCCUCUGUAAGCCGAUCAAGCCGGGAUUAAAGCGGGGCACUCACGACAAGCCACUCGGAUCGCUUUCAUUUCCAGAGAGAAACAACCACUAAACUCUCGUCAACAUGAUGAUGAUGCAGCUGGAAGAGUCCAACACCCAGAAGAACUCCCUCUUCAACGCCAUGAACCGCUUCAUCGGCGCGGUCAACAACAUGGACCAGACCGUCAUGUUGCCCAGCAUGCUGCGGGACGUCCCGCUGGAGGAGGACCGGGAGACGAGCUCCGCCAAGUCGGACGAAGAAGAGGGGGACAUGUACAGCUACUACCAGCUGCUCAAGUCCAUCCGCACGGACAUCGAGUUGGGUGUGCGGUGCGCGGCGGAUGACGAGAUGAGCCGGGAGAGCAUGAAGAUCAGCCGCAAGAACUCCUGCACGUCGACCGGCUCCACCGCGUCGCUGUCGUCAGAGGAGGAAGAAGACGAGGAGGAGUACGACGAGGAUCUGCAGAAGCAGGUCCAGUACCACCUGACCGGGCUGCAAGGGGUCCUGUCCAAGCUCACCGUGCAGGCCAACUUCCUCACCAAGCGCUACAAGCAGGAGGUGGGGAUCGGAGGAUGGGGCCAGUAGCGCGCAGGAACUGAUCCAGGUCCUCGGUGGUUUUUCCAUAGGACUUCUCUUAAUGGGCCUUUUUUUUAUUUAGUAUUUGUUUACUGCUGCUGUUAUUCCUACUACUGAUGAAAUUUGUGGACAAACAUUUGAAUGGUAGAGGAGCGCAUCUCUCUCUUUAGGCUAUGCGGUAUUAUUGACUGCUGAUGUGUCGACGGAAUGCGUUUUGUGCACUUGACACCCAACUCUGUUUUGCACUCCAAAGUUUCGUGCACAUCGCGCAUUCCCCGUGAAACACAGAUGAAACAUAUUUAAAACCUGUUAUUUAAUGAAUUAUUUAUUACCUCGCGCAGUUUAAUUUGAGAACCUAAAAGAGCACCGCAUGAACCCCGCGCGGCCCGCGGCCUGAACCGCCCCUCUGACAGGGGGAUACUGACGAAAGACUCCGCUUCCUUGAUUGUGUGGCCGAUGAUGUCAGUGUGUUCAGACGUACGUGGCCCGUGCGUGUGUGAUCGGUGCCCUUCGGAUCAGACGAGUCUGGGUCAUACUCUGCUUGCAUGGAGGGGGGGAGGCAGAUGCUCGCUGCCUGUGAUCUCCUGAUGCCCCACAUGGCCACUGAACCAGAAGGAUGCUUCUACAUGGAGCAGAAUGAGAGGUUUCCAACAAGAUGCUUUUGUUGUCAUUGUUGUUUUUUGCUAUUAAUGUGCAAUUGUCUGGAUGCUUCAAUCUCUUGAAAUAAGCUUUUGUAAGCACCUUUUACACCCCUUUUGUACUGAUGAUAUCUGUUUCGAAGUAAUAAACUUUUGUAUGAACUUUCA